CGGCAUAUCUCAUCAUACCACUACGCAUAGCACACACGAAGCUGCAAGACAGCGUUGCUCCUCGACUGUACUGAGUUUCCUUAGCUCGCGCCUCCUCGAUUCUUUUCCAGUUUUCGUUAAAGCUGAUGUCUUUAUAACCAGAGCGUUACACAUACACGUUGCUCACUGCGAUGGGAGCCCCAGGAGGAGAUACUGGCUUCGUCAAUGCGCCGUGGGCAGCAAGGCCGUCGGGCCGUUCAAUGUUUGGGAAGCAGGCGGAUAGUCGUAAAGGCAACGCGCCUAUUCUAUCUAUGGGCGCAAAGACCCCUGUCGCCGACGGAAAACAGUUCCUCUCAAGAAAGCACGUCGAGGUUGAACGCAAGUGCCGGGAGGGCCCUGGCCACAUCUAUGAGGUACCCGGAGCGCUUCACAAGCAACCAGAGGCAAGCAAACAGACAUCGCCAUCGUUUUCGCUGCCCCGGGCGCCCCGGCUGAAGGAAACACCCUCCACGACACCUGGACCGGGAAACUAUGACGCGGGCCUCUCCUCCGUCGACCCCCGCCAGCCGCUGUCUCCCAACCGCAGCCCGCAGCGGGUCAAUUUCGGCAGCAGCACCCGGGAGCAGGGCAGCAAGGUGUUCCUGUCGUCACGACACGUGUCGGAUAAGCGCGGCACGCAGGGCCCGCCGCCCGGCAGCUACGAGCUGCCGGGCGCACUGGGGCCGCAGGUCAUCAAGCCCAGCUCGCCCAGCUUCUCCCUGCCCCGGACGGACCGGCUCAAGGACAAGUAUGAGCAGCUGUCAAAAACGAUGCCAGCGGUGGGGCAGUACGAGACCUGGACAAGCAUUGGAAAGCAAACACUGUCGCCAUCCAAGACUAUGCCUGCUUACGGCUUUGGCAGCAGCAGCCGGGAGAAGGAGGGCCAGCGCUUUAUGUCCUCCACGCACGCCAAGACGCUGCGCGGCUCAUUCUCGCCGCCCAACUACAACCACCAGCAACCGGAGAACACGACCGGCUUCGGCAAGCAGAAGCUGAGCCGCAACACCAACGUACCAGCCUACGGGUUUGGUUCGCAGCCCCGGCUGCAGUUCAAGACGUCCAUGACGCCGGGACCGGGCGCGUACGAAAACUAAAUGUCAGGCCAGUGAUGUGUGUUAGACCAGGCCCUCCAACUGAGGGGCAGCUAAUAGGGUAGGUCCGCUGCGCAGCACUGCGACUUUCAUGUAUGGGUGGGGUGUGCGUGUAGUGUGUCUCAGGCGCCGCGUAGCAUACUCCAUGACUACCGUACCUAGUGCAGAUUAUCAGGAUGAGACAUGUGGCCGGGCGGACAUUCAUGCGUGUGUACGGAAGCAGCGGCAGCCAACUCCAAGCAGUGCGGCGGCGUGGGUACUUGGUUGGGUUGUGCUAGCUGUACCUACUGUGUUGAAUACUCGCCAGGCAGUGAUGCUGCGUGCCGCGUUUGGACGCAAGGCCUGCGCCUCAUUGACCAAUGUAUGGGUUUGGCUACUGACCUGCUUUAUGACGGGGGUUAACUUGAUUGAUCUGGAGGGUGAGGCCUCGUGGCGAGGCCUCGAUAUAUUCAUGCAGGAGAAUAGCGACAUUAUGAGGCUUAGAUAGAGCUUCGGGGUGAUGCGGCUGCGCAGGCGGUGGAGUGGUGCGGUUGAGGGCGGUGUGGGCAUGGCGUGCCGUGUCCUGGAUGGUGUUCUGCCCGGUGAACCGCUUUGCCUGUGACUAGACAGAUAAGACAGAUAAUUUCGCAUUGUCGUGAUACAUUCAAGCAAAGAUUAUUGAGACUGUGGGUUAGGCAAAGGCGAUGGCCCUCCACAGAACAAAAGCCUGCGUACUGUAACUAUGCGAUAUC